AUGAAGCGAGAAGAAGAGACCGCAAACGAAAGGAUGUCCUCUAAAAAUAUCAUUGCUGCUCCUAUGACCGCUCUCGUUGUCGACGAGAAUAUCGUCUUCGCACCUCGACGGAGCCAGGAACCCUUGUGGGAACCAGAGGUUGGGGAACUUCUGAUUGAAACACUCUUUUCUGGAACCAAUCCCGCAGAUGCCAAACAUGCAACUUUGCUAGGCAUCUAUCCAGCCGUUCUUGGUUAUGAUUUUUGCGGUAAAGUGCUGAAGUCAUACCCAGAAUCGACGUUUCGGGAGGGGGAUAUCGUUGCAGGCUACACUCCCACUGGUGUUGGCAGGGCGAGAAAGUAUGGCACUCAUCAGAACUAUCUGAUCUGCCCUGAAGAGAUGGCCUUUUUAGUCCCUUCUGGACUUCCUCGGGAGCACGCGGCAUGCCUUAGUGUCGUUACUAUGACAGCGGCGGAUGCGCUUUAUAACCUUUUUAAAUUGCCAUUACCAAGUCACAUGGACACGCCCAAGUCUGAUAGCUCAAAGUCAUUGUUGAUCUGGGGUGCUUCUUCUAGCGUUGGAAUGUGCGCGAUCCAGCUAGCCCGUGCGAGUGGGGUUCACCCAAUUUUUGUCACAGCGUCUCCUCAAAGACACACUCUCCUACAAGAGCUAGGAGCCACACGCUGCUUUGACUAUAGGUCACCACAUGUCAUUGCAGACAUUCAGCAAGCUUUGGUGGACUUCAAAGUGCAUUCUCUGGAUUAUGGCUUCGAUGCCGUUGGCAGUCACGGAGACCUCAAUUCUGCAGACCGCGUGGCCAAGUGCGCUUCAGAUGAAACCAAACUCGCUUCUGUGGUGAUACAACAGGAUUCUCGCUUCAAAAUGCCGUUCGCCACCUCGAACCAAGAAGUCAUACUACGAGUUACCGGGGUUCCUCAUCCUAUUUCUAUCCCGGCUCGGCGUUCUGAUUACCAGCACGCGUGGAAAGCAUUUCAAUGGGCCGUCCAAAACUACGGAGCUCUUUUCAAACUCCCAGUCGUCGAAGUUUUCAAAGGUUCUGCGGAUGAUGCGUUGAAAGAAGUAAUGUCGGUGGGUGAAGGAAGAGGGUUUGGGAAGCUCGCCAUUCAACAUCCUCUGCUCUAG